AAUAAAAAAAAAAAAGGUACAAAAGCGUCUGCCCAUUUUUCCCCUCCCACUUAGCUUUUCUUUCUUCAUACCUCUUCCCUUUCAAAUAAAACUUGCAACAGACAUGGGUCGCAAAAAGAUCAAGAUUCAACGUAUCGCUGAUGAACGUAACCGACAGGUAACUUUUUUGAAGCGCAAACACGGCUUAAUGAAGAAAGCCUAUGAGCUCAGCGUGCUGUGCGAUUGUGAAGUGGCUCUGAUCAUCUUCACAGCCAACGAUAAGCUUGUUCAAUACGGCAGCACAGACAUUGACAAGACGUUGAUGAAAUACACCGAGUAUUCAUCUGAACCUCACGAAAGCAAACGCAAUUCGGAUUCUCACGACUUUUUCUCUUUCUCAUUACAGUUCAUCGGAGCUGAGCAGAAUGUGCGAACGGAUGAUGAAGACGCUUCUGCGGAGCUGAUGGAGUCUGAUAUUGAUGGAAAACUUGAGCAGCAACCCCCACUGAAACAUCAGUAUUCACCUGCAGUAUCCGAUGCCACCAUGAUCCACCAUCAACCACCCACCCCACCGAUGUCUCAACACUCAUCACCACUUCCACACUCCACUAUGAUCAUGAAUGGUCCUUCCGCAUCUCGACAGCCUCAAUACGGCAUGACACAAUCGAUGCCACCUCCAUCGUACGAUGCGCCAUAUGUCCAAUCAGUUCAGCAAGCUUCUCAUAGGAUGCCUCCACAUAUGCAACAAUACUAUCAGAUGCCGUCACAGGCCGAAUAUUCGUCUCCGCAGUUGCCACCCCCUCUUGUUGUCCAGUCACAGCAACAACAUCAAUACACGCGAUUGCAGUAUAUACCUGACCCAUCCAUUCCAAUUGCGGAGAACAAUGGAUCCCCUAUGCCAAACGGCUUGUAUGUUGACAUGAAUGCAAAGCAUAUGAGUCCUGUCAACAGGAGCCCUUAUUUGCCAACCCUUUGAAUUACGGCACUCCAAACUCUGCCAAAUCUUUCAAUUGGCCAGCUCCGCCGCCCAUGUCAGCACAAUUA